CCCAAUAAUAGCCUUAGCUGUAGCUGAGUUUCAUCAUCACUAUCUUCAUUUCCUUGGGCACAACACAACCGCUCAACUACCACUCACUCAUGCUAUAAUCUCAACUUCUCUUACCAAGAAACAAAUGUACAACCCAUGGUCUCGCAGGUUUUUCGGGACUACCCUUAACAGAACAACUCCAUACUGUUCUUCUAUUGCCUCACUUGUUGUCUCUCCAAUCGACUCUUUCUUCUUUAAACCGAAAAUUCCUACUACUCCACUCCUUUCCCUUUCUCUUUCCCCUUUCGGAAACUUCUUUGUUAACUACAAAUCAUCCCUGCCACCCCCUUGUCAAAACUAUGAAUUUGUCAAUACUCAAUACCUUUGUGAAAAGAGUGAACUUCUCACUACUCAGUUCCGGAAUUCGUGUACUUUAGAUGAUGCUAACACCCUUCAUUUGCAAAUUCUCAAAAAUGGGUUUACUUCUGAUUUGUUUUUGUACAAUUCCCUUAUCAAUAUAUAUGUUAGGAUGGGUAAUUUGGUUUGUGCACGUCAGUUGUUUGAUGAAAUGCCUGAGAGGAACUCUGUUACGUGGGCGAGUUUGAUUACGGGCUAUACCAAGAAUGGUAUGCUAAAUGAGGCAUGCUUGCAUUUUAAAAGGAUGAUUUCUGCUAGUUUUUUACCCAAUCAUUAUGCAUUUGGUAGUGCCCUUCGAGCUUGUCAAUAUUCUGGGCCACCAAUGCUUACACUUGGACUGCAGAUUCAUGGGUUACUUUCCAAAACACCAUAUGCCUCUGACAUUGUGGUUGCCAAUGUACUGAUUUCAAUGUAUGGAAAUUGUUUGGCAUCUAUUAAUGAUGCACGACGUGUUUUUGAUGAAACAAAAAUAAAAAAUUCGAUUUCAUGGAAUUCUAUUAUUUCUGUUUAUUCCCAUAGAGGGGAUGCAGUUUCUGCUUUUGAGCUCUUUUCUAGAAUGCAAACACAAGGUUUCAGAUAUAGUUUGAAGCCCAACGAGUUUACUUUUGGUAGCUUAAUACCUUCUGCUUGCUAUUUGGCCAAUUCAAAUUCGAGCAUGUUAGAGCAAAUGUUGGCCACAGUGAAGAAAUCAGGAUUAUUACAAGAUUUGUAUGUAGGGAGUGCUUUGGUCAGUGGAUUUUCAAAGUCUGGAUUAAUUGAUUAUGCUUUGCAGAUAUUCGAGCAGAUGGGUAAUAAAAAUUCAGUCUCUAUGAAUGGUUUAAUGGUUGGAUUGGUGAGACAAAAACGGGGAGAAGAAGCUGCGGAAGUUUUUUCAUAUAUGAAGGGACAAGUUGAACCAAACCUGGAUUCAUAUGUGGUUCUCUUAAGCUCUUUUGCUGAAUUUUCUGAUUUGGAGGUAGGAAAGAGAAAAGGUCAAGAGGUUCAUGGAUAUGUUAUCUGCACUGGUUUGGUAAAUAUGAAGGUUGCAAUUGGAAAUGGGCUUGUUAGCAUGUAUGCUAAAUGUGGACUUAUAACAGAUGCUGGCUCGGUUUUCAGACACAUGAUUGACAAAGAUUUAGUCUCAUGGAACACCCUGAUUUCUGGCCUUGACCAGAAUGGGCGUUUUGAAGAUGCAGUCAUGAGUUUUUGUGAUAUGAGAAGAUUUGGAUUGGUUGCUUCAAAUUUUACGUUAAUUAGUGCUUUGAGUUCGUGUACAAGUUUGGGAUGGAUCAUUCUUGGUCAAGAAAUACACUGUGAAGCACUCAAAUUAGGACUUGAUCUGGAUGUGUCAGUUUCAAAUGCUCUUCUUUUGUUGUAUGCUGAGGCAGGGUAUCUUGCUGAGUGCCAUAAAGUUUUCUUCAUGAUGCCAGAGUAUGAUCAAGUAUCAUGGAAUUCUAUAAUUGGUGCUUUAGCUGAUUCUAAGGCCUCAGCGUUAGAAGCUGUAAAGUAUUUUAUGGACAUGAUGCGAGCAGGGUGGACACUAAAUAAAAUAACUUUUAUUAACAUUCUUGGUGCGGUUUCAUCUAUUUCACUUACUGAGCCUCUUCAGCAAAUUCAUGCUGUAGUAUUAAAAUACCCUGUGGCAAAUGAUUGUGCUAUUGAGAAUGCACUUUUGGCUUGCUAUGGAAAGUGUGGAGAGAUAGAUCAUUGUGAGAAAAUUUUCUCUAGGAUGUCUGGGAGGAGGGAUGAUGUAAGUUGGAAUUCCAUGAUAUCGGGAUACAUACACAAUGAGCUAUUGCCUAAAGCCAUAGAUUUAGUGUGGUUUAUGAUGCAGAAAGGUAGAAGAUUGGACUCCUUCACCUUCGCUACUGUCCUCAGUGCAUGUGCCUCUGUUGCAACAUUAGAACGUGGCACAGAAGUUCAUGCUAGCGCUAUAAGAGCUUGUUUAGAAUCUGAUGUUGUUGUAGGAAGUGCCAUUGUUGACAUGUAUGCAAAAUGUGGAAGAAUUGAUUAUGCUUCGAGAUUUUUUGAGUUGAUGCCUGUAAGAAAUGUGUAUUCAUGGAAUUCAAUGAUAUCUGGGUAUGCUCGCCAUGGACAUGGAGACAAAGCUUUGAAGCUUUUUAUACAAAUGAAACUGCAUGAUCAGUUACCAGAUCAUGUCACGUUUGUGGGGGUAUUAUCAGCCUGUAGCCAUGUAGGUUUGGUGGAUGAAGGAUUCAAACAUUUUAAAUCCAUGAGUGAAGUCUAUGGUUUGGCUCCUAAGAUGGAGCACUAUUCAUGUAUGGUUGAUCUUCUUGGGCGGGCAGGUGAACUUAAGAAGAUAGAGGAUUUCAUCACUAAAAUGCCUUUCAAGCCUAAUGUUCUUAUUUGGAGGACAAUUCUAGGGGCUUGUGGUAGAACUAAUGGCCGUAAUACCGAGCUAGGGCAGAGAGCUGCAGAAAUGCUUUUGGAAUUAGAGCCGCAAAAUGGGGUGAAUUAUGUGCUUCUUGCUAACUUGUAUGCAUCUGGGGAGAAGUGGGAGGAUGUGGCAAAGGCUAGAAUGGCAAUGAGGACGGCAUCAGUAAAGAAAGAAGCUGGGUGUAGCUGGGUGACAAUGAAAGAUGGCGUUCAUGUUUUUGUAGCUGGAGAUAAAUCACAUCCAGAGAAAGAAUUGAUAUAUGAAAAGUUGAAGGAACUUAACAAGAAAAUGAGGGAUGCUGGCUAUAUCCCUGAAAUAAAAUUUGCACUUUAUGACCUUGAGAUGGAGAAUAAGGAAGAAAUUUUGAGCUAUCACAGUGAGAAGCUUGCUGUUGCUUUUGUUCUCACUCGCAAGUCAGAGUUGCCUAUUAGGAUUAUGAAAAAUCUCCGAGUUUGUGGUGACUGCCACUCCGCCUUCAAAUAUAUAUCAAAGAUUGUUGGUCGUAAAAUAGUUUUACGAGAUUCAAAUAGAUUUCAUCAUUUUGAUGAUGGCCAGUGUUCAUGUGGAGAUUACUGGUAA